UAAAAUACUUUCCUACAUAAUCACUCAUGGCAGCUGUAGCACUUCCCACUUUCUUUUUCAUCAUAUUUUUAUGCCACUCCCUGUGUAGCUCUUCUGACUUCGAAUCUCUCAAACACUUUGUGGGUUAUGUCAAGGGUGAUCACGGACUACUUCCAGUCAAGAGGUAUCUUCACCGAUAUGGUUAUCUCGAUACUCUUGAUCUGAACAAUGAUAAAUUUGAUGGUGAGUUGGAAUCGGCGAUCAUUACUUACCAACUCAACUACCACCUGGACACUACGGGAAUUCUAGAUUCCGAUACCUUGUCCAAAAUGAUGGUUCCACGAUGUGGGGUUCCCGACAUAAUCAAAGGCUCCAAUACCAUGAAACGCGGCACCAAAACCUUUAAUAAUUCACUGUACUCUUUCUUCUUCCGAGAUCGUUUUGUCAAAUGGAAUACAACGAACCUUAUGUAUGUAUUUAUAGAUGAUUUUCCUUCAGAAGGUAUGGAUUUUAUUGAACAGGCAUUUGUUAUAUGGUCCAACAAGACACCUUUCAUCUUUUCCGAAAUUGAUUAUGAUUAUGAAUAUCAUGGAGAUAUUAGAAUUGGUUUUUUUCGGGGUGACCAUGGCGAUGGAUAUCCAUUUGAUGGACCAGGCGGUACACUUGCGCAUGCUUUUUCUCCGGGGGAUGGCCGAAUUCAUUUUGACGCAGAUGAGGCUUGGACAAAUGGUGCCAGUCCUCAUAUGCACGACAUGGUUAGCGUUUCUGUACACGAAAUUGGGCAUGUUCUUGGUCUCGGACAUUCAAGCAUUAAAGAUGCGAUUAUGUACCCUACCAUUGGCGAGAAUCAGAUCAAAAGAAAUCUGCACCCAGAUGAUCUUGCUGGGAUUAAUGCAUUGUAUGGAAGUUAAAUCCUAGCUCUUUAUAUGU